CAAGCACAUCAGAUGUCACUGUCUGGCAGCUGAUAAAAGUCAGUGGUGCUAUAAUACUAAGCACAGAGCCACUAGAUUACUCUGUGAGGGAAGGGAAUGUCUCUUCCUUCCCUUCACUAGUGGGUUAAGCCCAGCUGGCAUCCUCUGGAACAACGGGAACAAUAUUCUGCAAAAAAAAAAAAAAAAAAGGCCACCCUAUUAAAACCUGGAGCACAGUAUUCCCAGAAUUUCAACAAGGAGGAGCAAACCAAAGUUGCUUCUGGUUCCUUGAAACCUUCUGUGAUUCUAGGCUUGCAGUCUCCAAUUCAGGACCCCACUCCUCCAGAAGAAAAUUAUUUCAGGAAUAAAUUGCCUUCAUCUGUACACCAGCUAGGAAUGUUUAACUACGAACGUCCAAAACACUUCAUACAGUCCCAAAACCCCUGUGGUUCCAGACUGCAACCUCCUGGACGAGAAACCUCCAGCUUCUCUAGCCAGACCAAACAGUCUUCUAUUAUCAUCCAGCCCCGACAGUGCACAGAGCAAAGAUAUUCUGCCUCCUCAACAAUGAGCUCUCAUAUCACCAUGUCCUCCUCUGCUUUCCCUGCUUCUCCCCAGCAACUUGCUGGCUCCAAUCCUGGCCAAAGAGUUACAGCUACCUAUAACCAGUCCCCAGCCAGCUUUCUCAGCUCCAUACUACCAUCACAGCCUGAUUACAGUAGCAGUCAGAUUCCUUCCACUAUGGACUCCAACUAUCAACAGCCUUCAGUUGCUCAACCUGUAAAUGCUAAGCCAUCCCAAACUGCAAAUGCUAAGCCCACACCAAGGACUCCUGACCAUGAAAUACAAGGAUCAAAAGAAGCUCUGAUUCAGGACUUGGAGAGAAAACUUAAAUGCAAAGACAGUAUUCUUCAUAAUGGAAAUCAACGGCUAACUUAUGAGGAAAAGAUGGCUCGACGAUUGCUAGGACCUCAGAAUGCAGCUGCUGUAUUUCAAGUUCAAAAUGAUGGUGAUGUACAAGAAUCAUCACAGCACAACUCAGAACAUGCAAGGCUGCAAGUUCCUACACCACAAAUAAGAAGUAGAUCAUCUUCAAGGGGAGAUGUGAAUGAUCAAGAUGCAAUCCAGGAGAAAUUUUACCCACCUCGCUUCAUUCAAGUGCCAGAGAACAUGUCAAUUGAAGAAGGAAGAUUCUGCAGAAUGGACUUCAAAGUGAGUGGACUUCCAGCCCCUGAUGUGUCAUGGUAUCUAAAUGGAAGACCAGUUCAAUCAGAUGACUUACAUAAAAUGAUAGUGUCUGAGAAAGGUUUUCAUUCACUCAUCUUUGAAGUGGUCAGAGUUUCAGAUGCAGGGACUUAUGCAUGUGUAGCCAAGAAUAGAGCAGGAGAAGCCAAUUUUACUGUACAGCUGGAUGUCUUAGCAAAAGAACAUAGAAGAGCACCAAUGUUUAUCAACAAACCGCAGAGUAAAAAGGUUCUUGAGGGAGACUCAGUGAAGCUAGAAUGUCAAAUCUCAGCUGUACCUCCACCAAAAAUUUUCUGGAAAAGAAACAAUGAAAUGGUACAAUUCAACACAGAUCGAAUAAGCUUCUAUCAUGAUAACUCUGGAAGGAUUACUUUACUGAUAAAAGAUGUAACCAAAAAAGAUGCUGGGUGGUAUACCGUGUCUGCAGUUAAUGAAGCUGGAGUGAUCACAUGUAACACAAGAUUAGAUGUUACAGUCCGUCCAAACCAAACUCUUCCAGCUCCUAAGCAAUUACGGGUUCGACCAACUUUCAGCAAGUAUUUGGCACUUAAUGGAAAAGGUCUGGAUGUGAAACAAGCUUUUAACCCUGAAGGAGAGUUUCAGCGUCUGGCUGCUCAAUCUGGACUCUAUGAAAGUGAAGAACUUUAACAGUUCUACCAACACAUUAUUAACACAUUAUGGCUUUAAAUAGGUAACAUAACUAACAUAUGUUUAGAAUUCUUUGACUCUUGCACAUUCUAUCUACUUUUCUGACUAGUGAAACCUACAUAAGAUCCAGAAAUAUGGGUUUGUAAUUGGAGAAAAUUGUCCUAAAAUGUGGAUUUUAAGAUUUAAAUCAUACACAUUUAACAAUUGUAGGUUAUGAAUUAACAUCAACUUUUAAAAAUCAUUACUGUUUUUAAAUACUGUUUUAUCUGUUUCCUCUCAUAAAGACACUAACAUAAUAUAGAUUACCAGAGUGUUCCAUUAUCUUAUGUGAAAAGAGAAUAAAAUUUCAAAUAUUUAAAAACA